GCAUGUGGUAGACUUGAGGAUGAACCUGCGUUACCGUGUUAGCCGUCGCCAACGCAGCAGCCCUGUUAGCAGCAACAGCAGCAACAGUGGUGGUGGGGGCGGAGGAGGAGGCGGUAACAGCAGGAUCCACCACCGUCGCACGCCACUCUCACCCGCUCCACCCAGAGCCCUCUCCGCCAGCCGGCCACUCAAGUCUCCGGUUAGAGUUCCGAGAUCUCACCGAGCGGUCAAGAAGUCUGGCCACACUUUUGAGGAACAAAAUGAGAAUCUAGUGGUCUCCCCUGCUCAGUACAACAGUGUCGUCAAUAUAACGGUAUCUCAGCACACACCCCUGCGUGCCCGGCGCUAUCCCAACAAGUACUCCAAGUGCAGCGUGAGUUCCGCAGCUCCAGUCGUUGAUUCAGAUAACAACAUUGUGUCUACGAAUUUGCUCAAACCGAGGCCCCUUAGAGUUAGCAAGCGGCAGAACGAGUCUCCAGCAGACUAUAAACCUCACUCCCCUAGACGUGCGCAUAACCGUCAUCACCACAUCCCACAUCUCCCCGAAGCAUCAAAGAUGUUGAAGGAUGUACAAGAGAUGAAGAAUUCAGCAAUGGACACAUCCCUGUUUUCGCCUGUGUAUUCGGUGGACUCUGCACCUCCAUCACUCUCCCCGGCUCUGUCUGUGGAGGAUGCCUACCCAAUCGAGCGUGUCCAGGAGGAGUUGGAGGAAGAGGAGGACAAGGCCAGCCUAGAGGGACGGCUCUGUCAGGAUGCCUCGCGGGGCUCCGAGCUCACUCCGCUCUCCACGCGGAUCCAGCUCGAUAUUCCGCACAUCCUCGAUCCCCCAACACCAGAUUCUCCUCAAGGUCUUGAUCCCGAGGAGGCAGACAUGAUGAUUGCGCAAGUCUCACAGUGUGCAGUGCAGGAAAACAAGGAAAAUUAUGAGGCUGGAGGGGCGUACGAGACCUCCUGCGAUGAAGGGUACGAGGAAUGGGAGGCGUUCGACCCAUACUUCUUCAUCAAACACCUGCCUCCUCUCACCCCAGAGAUGCGUGCCAGAAAUCCAGCGUUGCCUCUGAAAACACGAAGCUCACCAGAGUUUACCCUUGUCUUAGAUCUGGACGAAACAUUAGUACACUGCAGCCUUCAAGAGCUUGAAGAUGCAACACUCAGCUUCCCAGUGGUGUUCCAGGAUGUCAACUACCAGGUGUUCGUGCGCACACGACCUUUCUUCAGAGAGUUUCUAGAGCACGUGUCACAAUUGUAUGAGGUUAUCCUGUUCACUGCCAGCAAGAAGGUGUAUGCAGACAAGCUCAUGAACUUGCUAGACCCACAGCGCAAGUGGAUCAAGUAUCGGCUGUUCCGUGAGCACUGUGUCUGUGUGCAGGGCAACUAUGUGAAGGAUCUCACCAUCUUGGGGCGUGACCUCUCCAAGACCAUAAUUAUAGACAACUCACCGCAAGCAUUCGGUUACCAGAUCAACAAUGGAAUACCCAUCGAGAGCUGGUUUGUGGACAAGGAGGACAGAGAGUUGCAGAAACUAGUGCCCUUCCUGGAGUCCCUAGUCGACAAGGACGACGUUCGGCCCUUCAUUCGCGAGAAGUACAAACUGGAGACAUAUUUGCCACCAGACUAAGUGUCGCCUUUCUGCGGACAACAGACUUGUAUUUGAUAGUAGUACAAUAGGUCCACACUGUAAAGUUUUUGUCACUUCGGUUAUUAUUUGAUAUUGUUACCAUUAUUAUUAUUUUGCAUUUUAUUAUUAUGUUGGCAUAUUCAUUUUUAUUUUUAUUUUAUUUAUUUAUUUAUUAUUAUUAUUUAUUUUUUUUUUUUUUCUUUUCUUUUUUAUUAUCUUUUCCCCCCUCCCCACACAAGUCAUGCAUAAGUUUUAGCAAGAGGAUGUGUUUGAAAAUCUGCUAAAACUGUUAACAGUGAAUCCCCCAGUGAAAAAUGCGACAGAAAACAUGACACAAGUGCAGUUAUAAAGUAUUAACACUUGACCAAGAAUAUCCCAAAUGAUUCUUCACUUGCUGUAAAGGAAGUGACUUCUAGUAACUAUGCAUUAAGAACAAGACUAAAAGCAAUGAUGGACUGAGUAUGAGUGACACAAGUUGGAAAAGACUAUACUAGGUUAAGCAAACAAAGAAAAUAAAAUAGAAAAAGGAGGAGAAAACUAAACAAAAAGAAAGUGUGGAUUAGCAGAUACAAUUAUUAUAUAUCUGAUAUGAUUUGGUAACGUGUAAAUAGUGGCGUGGAUGCAGGAAACACUAUAUGCAUCUGAUGCAGAGUCCGAGACACUAGCCAAAGAGCCUCCAAAUAGUGCUCGAUAGUACCAUUUUAUCCCGUAAUUUUAAAGUUUUUUCCAGUGGCCCUCGCGGAGUUGGCAUUCAGUGCUCAUAGACUAAGACUUGAGGCUUGGAUGUUCUCCAGUUGAGAGCUGUGAACAUGUAGAGUAAACUAAGAAUAUGCAUGUCAAAAAAUAAAUCAUUAGCUUAUAUUAAACAUAUUAAGGUGUAUUUGAGAAGGGAGAUACAUUCUGUAUGUAAUUCAUCACUGCUUCUUAGAGUCCAUCCCACAGUCACCCUCUCAUGUAAUCCAUGCAUAUACGUAAACAUGAGGUACAUAUGUGAAUAAGUGUGUGUAUGUAUGACUUGAUUUAUACAUGCAAUCACCCUUUUGUUAGUACAUAUGAUCUUGUUUUCCCCCAUUCAUAUCUGUAUGUAUCUUGCGGAGACCAGGUCAAACUGGUUAUCUUUUGCAUCUUAUUUUUUUGUUGGUCUUGUUCGCAGGUAUUGUUUACCGGCUCUUGAACAAACUCGUAGCAUCUUUUUUCUCUCUGUUUGCCUGAUGUUGCAGGCAGAUUGACACACUCCUUUUAGUACUUUUGACCCUUUUUUUCUUUCUUUCUUUCUUUCUUUCUUCCUUUUUUCCUUUCUUUUCUUUAAUACCACAACUGUACAAAUUCAGAUCUCUUAUUUCUUUUCAUAUCUCGUCUGCCUUCUCUCUUGUGGCUCUCCCUCCACAGAAACCUUUACUGGGUCUUAAAUACAUAUCUUGGAAUUGCGACUUCCUCUCCUUUCUGCCACAGUAGUCUUCCUUCCCUAUAGUCCAUUUGUAGAGCCAGCGUGUCUUUAAACAGGAAUCUCACAUGCUUUGAAUAACGAGGAAGUCGCCUAACCUGCGCCAACCCAUCAAACCAGUGAACCCCUUUUCAUAUUUUUUCAUUUUAUCUUUUUGCUCGCUCUCUGAUCUAGUCUCUUUGUUAAUCACAGAGCCUGCACUCUAAGCGUCUUUGCAAAAUAAUAUUGGCCAGUAGAUUGCUUGAAAGAACUCAGUGCAUAAUUAUAUGGUUGGGUGAAACUGUGGUCGAAGGGAGAGACAAGGUUGGAGGAUUCAGGAGAUCUUGCAGAGAGCUUGAAGGAGGGAAGGGAGGAGGAGGAGAAGGAAUGUGAGUAUGAAGAAAAUGGAGUGAAUAAAAGAGAAUAUCUAAAUACAUUCAUAAAUAGAUAAAUGAUUAUAUAAAUUUCAUGUAAGAUUAAGAAUAAUAAUUUAAAGAGAGAUUGACAGUCUUGUCACUUUUCAAAUUGUACAUAAAAAUAAUUUACACUGUUAAUAAUUAUGAUAGUAAUUACUAUAAAUAAAAUAAAAUAAAAUAAAUGAAUUAUAGAUGACUUAAGAUUCUUUUUCAUUGAUAAAAGAAACUAUUUUUUCUGCCAAUGUCUCUUAACAUCAGUUUAUUCUUUCAUUCUUACAUUUUGAUUCGUGUAUAAGCCUGUAUAUAUGCAUCAUUUAUGUAUGUACAUUUGUAUGUAUAUGUAUAUGUAUGUUCCACAUUUCAUGUACUGUAACUCACAAAAGUGUCAUUGAAACAGUCAGAUGAAGUUAGAAGUGUUUACAGAAAUUUCAAGUUACUGUAUAGAUGAGUUUCUAAAAGUCUAUAGGCUCACAUUUCAUUGAAAGCUUGAAACCAUUCUCAAAGUGUUAUUGAAGUUUGACUUCAGUGCUAAAAGCAUAAGUUAGAGAAUGCAAUGGAAUAAACAGGCAACAUAGGUUUCCAUUGACAAGUAGCUACAGAGUAUGUGAUAGAAGGAAUUUAUGAAUUAAUGUUAUGAAAAGUUUUAUCAGAUGUCAUUUUUUAUGAAGGCUUUCAUAUGUAUUGAUCAGUUUUACAAAUUGUAUGAAAACAAAUGCUUCUGAUUGUAGGGGCUUAGUUGUACAUAGUAAAGAAUUAUAUUAUGUAGGAGUUUGUAGUGAAUUUAGAAGUGGUUAAUUUGGCUCUGUUUGGGUUCCCAGAUGAUUUGUUGUUUUCUUCUUCAUUCUUUCUGUCUCCCUUGUGCAGUUUAACAGUUGAUUUCUGUGUGAAGGAAGGAACAGAGUGAGUGUUUCUGCCAUCCAAAUUGAGGCACAUAAGAUUGGGGCAUGCAUCACCAUCCAGCGUAAAUUUCUACCUCAAGGAAAGAAGAAACCAAACUAGAAUAAAUAGGCUAUGGCCAGGAGUAUUGUUUAAGGGAAUACUCACAGAAGAAAUCAUUACAUUCUCAUUUACUUUGUUAGUGAAGGGUUCAAGCUUCUCCAAUAUCCGUUUGAGUUUGGAAUCUUGUAGGGAAAGAUUACAUGAUACCUGUGCAGGAAGUUGACAAUGCUAUUCUCAAGUGUUUAUUCAUGAUUUGAUAUUGUCUUUGUAAAACACAAGCAUACACAAAUACUCACACUUACACACGUAAGCUUUUACCUUUUUGAAAACAGGUCAGUGUAGCUUGACUGACCAGAACGUACAAAGAGAUAACAAGUAUCUCAGAUAAUUUUGUUAGAACAAAUAAUUUAAAGGUUUGUUAAUGGAACACGUUUAUUACAUGAUACUGUGUUUCUUCUAUUGCACAAAUUAACUUCAAAGGUAUCGAGAUAUCAGUGGAUUGUUAUAUACAUAUAUAUUUUUUUAUUUGGAUAAUGCUACACAGGAAAGUAUUAUAAGGGCAGGUUACAUUCUCUUGUACAUAGUAAGAAACACAGGAUGGUCUUUGCGAGGUGCAGCUUCCUUGACAACAGAUCUGAAAAAAAGUUUUCAUAGCCCGACGGUUAAAAGAGGACAGUGUCAAGUAAUGAAUUUUUGUCAUUAAUUUUGACUUCUGGUGAGGACAAAGAAAGAUAUUUUUCAGUUUACAAUAUUUUGUGGCUACCAGAAGGAUAAUUCAAAGAAAGUAUUGGAAUAGUAAGUGCUUUUAAACUUUGUGCAGGUCUUAAUUUCAUGUAUUUAUUUGUUUUCUUUGAGAUUUAUGCACUGUUGAAAGUAGUUGGUGCUAAUGGUCUGAACAUAGUGUUUUUGCACCAUCAGUAAUGCCAGUCUGCAUUUUGUUUUUAUAUGUGCCAAGCAUUUAGUUUUAUUCAUCUUUUACUAGAAGAAUUUCUUGUUUUUUUACUUUCAUAACUGUGACUGUUAUUACUUUUAUUAAUAAUAUGUGAAUAGUAGUAAUGAUAGCAAUAGUAACAAUAUUUAUGGUACAUUAUUAAUUCACUAAUUUAGUGAUAUCACUUUUUUCAUCUGAAAGGAAAUUGGUAUUUGGUACCUUGAAAUGUUUAUUUAGAAUACACUUGUUAUUCUUUGUUAUUAGGAGUUAUUGGCCUUUAAUUUGCAGAAAUUGCAUGCACUGCUUUUGAAUUUUCUAUUAUGAUUUUUCUCCCUAAUCAGAAUAUAAUUCAGUUAUCAGGUAUACUAUUUUCUGUUUCCUCGGUUUUACUAGAACAUCUUUUGUGUACUGUUUAACGUAAGUUUUUGAAGAUGGCAGGAAAGGAAUCCCAAUCCCAGUGAAUGGUGAAUUAUAUCACUGCAGUUUUCUUAACAAAAGUUUAUUUCGUUAAUUUGCCUCUAGAAGUCUAUAUUUUGUCAUUUUCAUGCAUAGAGUAUAUGAUAUUACUUUAUUUGAGUUCGUUUGGAGGCAUGUAUGUGUUUGUGUGUGCAUAUGUACACAUACAGACACAUAUACAUACAUACAUUAUGUAAACAUAACCCCCCCCCAACACACACACACACACACACACA